GAACAAAACAAAAAACAAAUAAUAAAUAUAAAAAUACUUGGAACGGAUCUCACGUCCAUUGAUACAUCUUCAGCACCCAACUAAAAAAUAAUCUGAUAAUCCCCAGACUCUCAAACUGGAACAGACCGGGACCGUUGGGACUUUCUAGGACAUAUUCUGAUUACUACUGCGCAAAAAAAGUACAGAAGAAUCGUAUUAUACCUACUUGUAUUGUGGAGCAAACGGAUCGGAUGCAUUAAACGCCCCGUUAUCCAGGGCACUAUACACUUCUGUUUCGAGUGGGUUGAACAGCCGCACUGGAUUCAACGCUUGGGAUGCGGGAUCCCUGAACUUAUCUGCUUCUUAUGCACCUCGUCGAGCGGACUUUUCAUCUGCAGAAUCAGUGAGAGUCGAUGCGUAUCUUAUAGUCGGGCUUUGGAUUUGAUCUAGAUUGCUGGCUGUAAACUCUCCUGCAGAAGUUGCACUGAAUACAGUUUUAUUAACAGUUGACUUUCUGUCGUAUAGUGAAGGGUGGACAGAGGUGGAUUGUGUUGAAGUUGCAUGAAUCACCGGAUCGCUCUUUGCAGAUCGCGAUAUAUCAGAUCGGAUAUUUGGCGCAAGGCGUGAAGAGCGAUGGCGAUGCUGGCGACUUUUUGGAUAGUCCUGCUGGUCGCGUUAAACGCUCCAGCAGGAAACGGGCAGUCGGUGCAGACGGACCCCAGUAAGUCAGGGUUUGUGGGAGAUACGGUCGAGCUGCGAUGUGUAUUCAUCAACGGUAAGCCACCAGUGAAGAUCUCUCAGGUCACCUGGCAAAAGGUGAUAAACGGCACAAAACAAAACGUCGCCACCGCAAACCCAGACUUGGGAGUAUCAGUGUUGCCCCCUUUCAAAGACCGUGUGAGCUUCAAGCACCUGCGCCAGAGGUCCACUUCUACUCUAGAGGAUACCACUAUUGUGGUCAGCAACCUACGGCUCUCUGAUGAGGCAGCCUACAUCUGCGAGUACACCACCUUCCCAGCAGGCAACAGGGAGAAUAUGGUCAACCUCACCGUCUUUGCACGGCCAGUGACCAAGAUGACCUUGAAUUCACCCACCAUCGUGGCAAGGACGCCGAGACGCAAGAUGCCCGUGGCCACUUGCAUGUCGGCUAACGGCAAGCCUCCUAGCGUCAUCAAAUGGGACACCACUCUGAAGGGCGAAGCCACGUUUCAGGAAACGCGCAAUCCGAAUGGCACCGUGACCGUGCGCAGUAACUAUAUCGUAUUGCCCAGCCGCGAGACCCAUCGUCAGAAGUUGAGCUGCAUCGUCACCUACCGCGCAGAACGCUUUAUAGAAAGCGUCAUACUCAACGUUCAGUAUGAGCCAGAGGUAAAAAUCGAGGGAUUCGACGGAAACUGGUAUCUGAAUCGUCAAGAUGUAAAGCUGACGUGCAAUGCAGAUGCAAAUCCAGCUGUCACCGUCUACCAGUGGAAACUGUUGAAUGGAUCGCUUCCAAACAAUAUUGAAAUCAAGAACAACACCCUGUUCUUCAAAGGCCCGGUGACCUAUGAGUUCGGAGGAACGUAUGUCUGCGACGCCACCAAUAGCAUCGGCACACGCUCUGGACUGGUAGAGGUCAACGUGACGGAAUUCCCUAACUCCCUGCCUUUUGAUGGCCGUGAGAUCCCACUGGAGGAGCAUAGUUCCGGUGCUGUCAUCGGCGGUGCAGUUGGUGGGGUGGCAUUGCUGGUGGCUGCCAUCGCACUGCUCGUCUUCUUCCUGCGGCGGCGUCAGCGCACCUUUAAGGGCGACUACAGCACCAAAAAGCACGUGUUCGGGAAUGGAUACAGCAAGGCCAGCGGCAUGCCCGCUCAUCCUCCGAUGACCAAGAACCUGCAGUACCCUGACGACUCGGACGAUGAAAAGAAACCGGCACAAAUCAGCGGGCCCGGCGGUUUCGAGGGCGGCGAUCGGGAUUUCGAUGGCAACUCUGAGGAUCUGAAGAGACCCUAUUUCACCGUAGACGAAGGAGAAAGUCGUGAUUACGACGAACGGACUCUCGCCUUCCAGUACGACCCUGAGCCCGAGAUCGCCGAUGACAUGGUCUCCCAGACCGACGGCUCUGUUAUUUCAAAGAAAGAGUGGUAUGUGUAGAGUGGCAUGCAACGUCAAAAAAAAAGAAAAAAAAAAGAUCAACAACCUUUUGUCCUCUCUUGCAUCCGACCACACCCAUCCACCUCCAUCACUAGAACCCUCCCUCAAUGUGUUUAUCCCUAUUUGCACAUCCCACCCCUGACCCAGUAACCUCCGCCCCCAUCAGAUUCCAUCGAAAUAAACAGCUGUAGAAAAAUAGCUUGCAGCAUCAACACAUCAACAUCAUUACACAUCCACGCGCUUUUAGAUGAACCUGCUACAACAGCGAGAGGUUUUCUCACAGACUGAUGCCAACCAACAUCCAGUAAGGCUGGACAGGCAGGUUGCUUGAAAAUAUUACAGUGUAUUAUCCUUUUUGUCUCAUUUUGUUGUUAUUAUAAAUGUAUUAAAUGUAUAAAAAGAGACUGUAACCGUUUUGGAAAGGGGUAUAUUGCUGAUCAUGUUGUGAAAGUCUUACACUGGAUGUAUGAUUAUUUUUUUUAUUGUUUGUUUGUAUUGUUUUUAUCUCAUUAGCAUAUCACCAUUACUUUUACAUGUAUCAUAUGUUUUGUUUGUUUUUAUAUAGUCUUCUUUUCAAAUGGAGUGUUGGUUACCAGAAAAUGUGGAACAAAACAGUACAAUAAUUAUUCCCACCCACCGUGUCAUUACGAGGUCGAAGGUUGCAUUAGCACUAUUGUGUUUAAUGGAAACAUCAUAAUCCUGUGGUUCUUGUUACAAACGCCGCUCCCAGCUCCCUGAAUGGAGAUCCAGGGGUCCGAGAAUGUGGCAUGGCCUGGAAGUGUACAAUCCAAUGAAACAAAAAAAGCAUGUGGGUUCUGACUGCUCUCCAAAAACAGUAUUUAUUUUAAGACCCUGCUCUGCUGAGAGCUGAAGAACACAUCUGCAGUGUUAGUCAUAUGCACACUGCAGUCAUGCAUGCAGAACGGGGCCUAGACAGAUAUACCGUGCCCACCUACCAUUCUCCAUGCCAGUCUUAGUCAUUCUCCAUCCACAGAUCCACCUCGGAUGUGCCAUCAUGUUAUCAUAGUGAUGCUUUCUAAAAUCCAUUUCCUCUGAAACUCUUAAGACGCAAAAGGAUAAUCCUGUAUAAUGUGGUGUUGUUAUAAAGACAGGGUGUUUGUUAUUUAGAACUGGUGAUGUGGAGUGGUCAAAAUGUUUUCAAGAUCUUGUAAAUAUGAGCAGGUUCAAUGGUAAUGUUUAGUUCCACAGGAGAUUUCGACACGGGCGUGUAGCGCUUGUGUCAACCACCAUAUAGAGCCUUUUGAUGGAAGUAGUUUUUCCAAAAGUAGGUAAAAGCACAUAAAUUAAAUUACGGAAAAGUUUUGAGCCAAAGCUAAAUCAG